GCAGAAAACAAAAGAUGGGCGUUCGAUUCAUCAUCAGCUUCUGCCUUCUGUUAGUAGUGUGUCGUGAGGCCAAUGGAGCAAGGAAUGUACUCAAACAGGAGCCAAAAGAAGAAGAUGCACCAUACAUUACUAGUUAUGGAAUCGAAGAAGGCAUAAAAGAGGUCGAAGCUCCUUACAUAACUCAGUAUGGUACAAAAGAAGGCAAAGUGGAAGAGGUCGAAGCUCCUUACAUAACUCAGUAUGGUACAGAAGAAGGCAAAGUGGAAGAGGUCGAAGCUCCUUACAUAACCGGGUACAUUUCUGCGGAAGGCAACACCAAGGAAGUAGAGACGCCAUACAUAACAGGAUAUAUUUCCGCACAAGACACGAAGGGCACAAAGGAAGUAGAGGCGCCUUACAUCACUGGAUACAUUUCCAAACGAGGCACAAAGAGCACAAAAGAUGUAGAGGCACCUUAUAUAACACAAUAUCAAAACAAAGAGGCUAAUUUCUACAAUACCCAGUAUGGAACGAAAGAAGGAAAGAAUAAGGUAGAGGAGCCUUACCUAACUGGUUACAAGACCACAAGGGAGUCAAAAGAGGUAGAAGCGCCUUACAUAACAGGGUACAUUUCCUCACAAGGCACAAAGCUCAAGAAGGAGGUAGAGGCGCCUUACAUAACCGGAUACAUUUCUGCACAAGGCAGCAAGCUCAAGAAAGAGGUAGAGGCACCUUACAUAACCGGAUACAUUUCUGCACAAGGCACAAAUGGCAAGGAGGUAGAGGCGCCUUACAUAACUGGAUACAUUUCCGCACAAGGCACAAAGCUCAAGAAGGAGGUAGAGGCGCCUUACAUCACCGGAUAUAUUUCCGCACAAGGAACAAAGGGCAAGAAAGAGGUAGAGGCGCCUUAUAUAACUGGAUAUAUUUCCGCACAAGGCACAAAGGGCAAGAAGGAAGUAGAGGCGCCUUAUAUAACAGGAUAUAUUUCUGCACAAGGCGCAAAAAACUGCGAACAUCAGAAGCAUGUACAUCCACCUUCCCAAAAUGGAGCAAAGGAUGUGGUUUCGGGUAAGGAGUUACCUAUGGACCAUCAACAUCAUGAUCAUAUGCAUGCACAUUCAUCAUCUCCCCUGGAUCAUACUGAGGCACUCAAGCAAGGAUUUUUUACUUUUGAGGAUUUCUACAAAGGGAAUGCACUGCCACUCAACUUCCCCAAACAAGACCAUUCUCGUUUCUUGCCUAAAGCAACAGCCGAUUCCAUUCCAUUUUCAACAUCUCAGCUCCCACACCUUCUCCAACUCUUCUCAACCCCACGCGACUCUCGUGACGCAAAACACAUGGCCUGGACACUCGGCCAGUGCGAACUGAAACCCAUUAAGGGGGAGACGAAGUUCUGUGCUACUUCUCUAGAAUCCAUGAUAGAUUUUGUUCAAAAAAUCAUUGGUUCAGGGGUCAACUUCAAUAUUCUCUCUACCACCCACCCAGAAACCUCAACUGCCAUCACACAAAAGUACACUAUCUUGGAUGAGCCCAAACAAGUCUUAGCUUCCAAAAUGGUCUUCUGCCACCCGGUCCCUUAUCCUUAUGCUGUUUUCUUCUGCCACCACUUUGAGAACGAUACCAAGUUCUUCAAGGUUUCACUGGGAGGCGAGAACGGAGAUAAGGUGGAAGCCGUAGCUGUUUGCCACAUGGACACUUCUGAUUGGGACCCUAACCACAGUUUGUUUCGCUUAUUGGGAAUCAAGGCUGGUGCUUCUUCACCAGUGUGCCAUUUCUUCCCUGGAAAUCAUCUAGUUUGGAUUCCAUCAUCACCAACAACAGCUACCUUUUAAGCAGGUGGUAAUUGCGCGCCUUGAUCACCAGUCCUAGUUGUGUGUCUCGUAUCAUCUCCGUGUCGAAUAAUGAUUACUCACCAUGCAUGUUCUGGUAAUGUAAUCAAUUAUAAUUCUGGUUUAAUGUUUUCAAUUAUCAGUCGAUCUUGCUUUGGAUUUGCUGUUUGUAGGAGAUCGAGUGUUGUGUGUAAAAUGACCUCAAGUACCUCGGGGUAGUCGUCUUUAUGUACAAAGAAGUUGGAGCUUGUAAUGAUUUCAUUUCCCAAAUUUC